AUGGCUCGAAGUAUCUUUUUGCCUUUGAGUGGACUUUCCUGCUUAAUUUUCUUUCUGAAUAUUCCUAACGCAUCAUUUCAAGUCACAGAUGUGAAUGAAUGCCUGGAUACCCAGGCCUGCCCUUCGAAAGCCACCUGCACUGAUACUGUGGGAAGCUACUUCUGCACCUGUAAAUCUGGAUAUGAAUCAAGCAAUGGGAAGAGACAUUUUAAUGAUCCUGGAGUGACGUGCAUAGAUAAGAAUGAAUGCCUGAACAGCACAGCGUGCCCACUGACAGCCACGUGUAGGAACACCCGGGGAAGCUACUUAUGUGUCUGCAAUCCUGGGUUUGAGACACCUGAUGGGAGAGCUCAAUUUACUGGCUCCAGAGGAACUUGCAUAGAUAAGAAUGAAUGCCUGAACAGCACAGCGUGCCCACUGACAGCCACGUGUAGGAACACCCGGGGAAGCUACUUAUGUGUCUGCAAUCCUGGGUUUGAGACGCCUGAUCGGAGAGCUCAAUUUACUGGCUCCAGAGGAACUUGCAUAGAUAAGAAUGAAUGCCUGAACCCCGCACUGUGUUCACCGACAGCCCGGUGUAAGAACACCCGGGGAAGCUACUUAUGUGUCUGCAAUCCUGGGUUUGAGACACCUGAUGGGGGAACUCAAUUUACUGACUCCGGAGGAACUUGCAUAAGAAUCAACCCUAGGUCCCCUAUUCCAACCCAAGUUACAUUUUCGGAAGACUAUAAACAACAGGGCACCACCAAGGACCCAAAUACCCCUGUUACCAUGGUGACCAAAGGAGUACCAGAAGAUAACAAUGUCACACUUGUGUUACAGGAAAUAGCCGAUUCUUUUGGCAACUUCAGCAACAUCACCACCAAGCCAUCUCAGGAACAUAAGGAAGAAACCGCCCGUUUUGCGACACAGUAUCUUGACAGAGUGCAGUCGGCAGCCUAUGAAGCUGCCCUCAAUCGACCCACAGGAGGAACGCUGAGGAGAGAGUCACAAUUUAUGGUUAUUGAAGCGCUGACCAUCAAGAAUGGUUGCAAAACAGAAAAUGAGAUAGUUAAAUUACAGAUUGAAAAGGAAACAAUGGACAUCGAUUGCACUGUUGUCACUGGAGGAGGAACUGGAGGUGCUGUGGUCUUUAUUUCUUACAAGUCUUUCGGAUCCAUCUUAGAUGGCUCCUUUGUGUCUAAGGAAAACCUAACUCUUGAUGAAAAGCUGGAUCACUUUCAACUGAAUUCCAAGGUGAUAAGUGGUACCACAGGAUGCAAGAAGAAUUGUUCCCUGGCCAAACCCGUGAACUUCACAUUUCACCAUAUACAGAUGAUAGGGGAAAGCAAAAAGUCUCUUUGUGUCUACUGGGAUGAGCUGGUCUGGUCUAAUGAAGGGUGCCAUGUGACCUUUUCUGACGGAGCUCGAACUGUAUGCAGCUGCAGCCAUCUGUCCACCUUUGCUGUCCUCAUGGCCUCAGUUGAGCUGAAGGAGGAUCCCGUGCUGACCAUGAUCACCUACGUGGGGCUGAGCCUCUCUCUGCUCUGCCUCUUCCUGGCAGCCCUCACCUUCCUCCUGUGUCGAUCCAUCCAGAACACCAGCACCUCCCUCCACCUGCAGCUCUCCAUCUGCCUCUUCCUGGCCUACCUCCUCUUCCUCACAGGCAUCAAACAGACAGAGCCCAAGGUGCUGUGCAAGGUCGUCGCCGGUGUACUCCAUUACCUCUACUUGGCCGCCUUCACCUGGAUGCUCCUCGAAGGGCUGCACCUCUUCCUCACUGUCAGGAACCUCAGGGUGGCCAACUACACCAGCGCAGGCAGAUUCAAGAAGAGGUUCAUGUACCCUGUAGGCUACGGGGUCCCAGCGGUGAUUGUGGCUGUGUCUGCAGCGAUCAACCCCCAAGGAUACGGCACCACUAAGCAUUGCUGGAUCAACCUAGAGAAAGGAUUCAUCUUGAGUUUCUUAGGACCCAUAUCAGCAGUCAUCUUGAUAAACUUAAUCUUUUAUUUGAUAACCCUGUGGAUUUUGAGGGACCGACUCUCUUCCCUCAAUAAAGAUGUGUCCAAGAUACAAAACACAAGGAUGCUGACGUUUAAAGCCAUUGCUCAGCUCUUCCUCUUGGGCUGUUCCUGGUGCCUUGGCUUCUUUCUUGCUGAACUGAUAAAGGAACCCCUCAGAUCCAUCCUCGCCUAUGCUUUCACCAUCACCAAUGUCCUGCAGGGAGUCUACAUCUUCCUGGUCCACUGCCUCCUCAACCAGCAGGUGAGAGAGGAGUAUGUAAAGUGGCUUAGAAGUAUGAGUAAAAAGACAGAGUCUGACAGCUACAUCCUUUCCAGCUCUACCAUCCAAACCCAUGUGAUGGAAAAAUCAUCCAAUUUAGGGGGGGAAAGAAGAAGCAAUACUUCAGUCUGAAAAUGACAAACAGUUCCAUGUCAUCCUCCCAACCACCCUGGAGAAAGAAUCAGUGUGACUCAAGCACCCAGGAGAACUGCUUCAUCCUACAGUAGAAUCGCUCACAGAACGUAUGCUUUGGUUGAAUAUUUUGUGUAGUGUUACAGUGCUCUAUGCUUUCAAUUAAGAUAUUUUACACAGAGACAUGUAGAUCUUACACUUGGUAAGUUUGCAAAUAUAUAUACAUGUAUAUGCUGAUUUUAUUUAGUCAGUCUGUUGUCUGUAACUCAUUUGUGACCACAUGGACUUAGUCCAGCAGGAUCCUCUGUCCAUGGGAUUUCCCAGUCAAGAAUACUGGAGUCAGUUGCUAUUUUCUUCCCCAGGAAUCUUCCCAACCCAGAAAUUGAACCCUCUUCCUCCUGCAUGUAUAUCUAUUAAUUACAUCAGCCAAGUCAAGAUAUGGAGUAUUUGCAUUACUCCUGAAAGCUCCCACAUAAAUCCUUUCGAUCAUUUGUCCCCAGUCUUCCACCCCAGAAACAAUUAUUCUGAUUUCCAUAGCAACAGAUUAAUUCUGUCAAUUCUUUAAGUCCAUAUACAUGGAAUCAUACAGUAUGACCUCUUGGUGUCUGCCAUGUUUCACUCAUCUUGAUGAUGACUUUGGAAUUCAUCCAUUUCAUGCGUAUGUUGUCAGUCUCUUCCUUUUGUUGCUGAGUAUCAUUUCACACUAUUGUAUAUCACAAUGUGUUUAUCCAUGCCCCUUUCGAUGUAUAUUUGAGUUAUUUCCAUUUUUCCACUAUA